CGGAGCCGCAGACAAAUGGCAGAACGCGUUGAACAUCAGACGCGUUUUACGCAACAAAAUCACGCGUUAGCGGACGGAUGCGGACAAACACACAUCAUAAAUGUCAUCUCUGAGGAUUAUUAGACCGACAGUGAAAUAGCCGUUAUUUAGAAUGUCGUGGAUUGUGCCUUUUCUUCAUUUCUACUGGAAGUUUCCAUUAACUUGCGCUCUGUUUCUACAUCUGUCUGCAGUGCGCGGCGAAUGAGCGCGCGUCCGCGAUGGAGAACAGACGAUCAGCACGCGCGGGAGCACAGAUCCUUUCCUGAAGAUGUCAGAUAGCGCUGCGUGAUGAUGAUCGUGAUGAUGAUGAUGCGUGUGUUUGUGUGUUAUGAUCGGAGGGGUUCGAGAUUGAUGAAGGAUCGACUGUGAUGAUGAUGAUGAUGAUGAUGGAGCGGAGCAGAUGCGCGCGCGCACGCUCACAAUCCAAACCACAUCACCUGACAGCUCCAUUUAAUGGAUUACAGAGAACUAGGUCGGAUUUCUCCUACAAAUGAAUGGAUUAGUGACUUACACCUUAUUCUACACAUCAUUCCUCCUCAUCUCAUUGUUUGAUUGGACACAUCAGUGUAUCAGACUGUGGAGGCCAAAGAAAACGCUUACCAGAGCCCAAGUCAAUAACGACUGAAACAAGCACCCAUUAUCAUUGUAUGUCAUGAAAAACAUUGCCUUUGAACCAGAAGGUAACGUGGGGAGAGGGAAACCAGAUUAAAUCGGGGGAGAGGAGCACCAAAGCCACCAAACAAAGGGAAAAUGUUGUGGACAGCGGUUUGGAGGUCCAUAGGGUGGCCUACAUUUGCAGCGUCUCUGUUUCUAGCAAUGGGAGCUUCAUUCUCUGAAGUCUUUAAUGCCACAGGGAAAGAUAUUUUUAGUGACUUUGGACAAUUCCAGAUUACUGAGAAUGGGCCACCAGAGCUACGGAAACUCCAAGCCGCUAAUCUUCACCCUAACUUAUACUUUAACCAGGACGAUAUAACACAGUUGAGACAAAGGUCAACUACGACUCACAGCCACAUCUUUAAAGUGAUCCGGACAGCUGUGCUGACGAUGCUCUCCGCCGGUCCGCUCUACAUGCCACCCACAAAGCACGAGGAGUUCACCAGCAAAUGGAAUGAGAUUUAUGGAAACAACCUCCCGCCUCUGGCCCUCUACUGCCUACUGUAUCCCGAGGACACAGCUGCCGUGCAGUUCCUGAUUAAGUUUAUGGACCGUAUGUCGGAAUAUCCUGACUGGAAAGUAAGCAGCGCACCAAACGACGAAGUUCCAAUGGCUCAUUCUCUCACUGGAUUUGCUACCGCUUUUGACUUUGUCUACUCGUUGCUGGAUCAGAAGCGCCGAGACCUGUACUUAAAGAAAAUUUCUGCUGAAACCCAAGCGCUCUACGAGACGUCUAAGUACAGGGGCUGGGGAAAGCAGUUUAUUCAGAACCAUCAAACCACUAAUAUAGUUGCUAUUCUGACUGGAGCUAUAGUUGUGGGUGCACACGAUGACACUCAGUCGAUGGUUUGGAAACAGGUGUCUGUAAAUUACAUGGAGAAGACAAUGUUUCUGUUAAGUCACGUAGUAGACGGCUCUCUGGACGAGGGAGUUGCAUACGGGAGUUACACAGCAAAGUCAAUCACGCAGUACGUUUUCCUGGCAAAUCGCCACUUCAGCAUAGACAACACGCAGAACAACUGGCUGCGUACUCAUUUCUGGUUUUAUUACGCCACUUUGCUUCCGGGCUUUCAGAGAACGGUUGGUAUAGGGGACUCAAACUAUAACUGGUUCUAUGGACCAGAGAGCCAACUAGUGUUUUUAGAUUCCUUUGUGAUCAAAAACGGGUCCGGGAAUUGGCUGGCACAGCAGAUUAGGAAGCACAGACCUAAAGAUGGUCCCAUGGGUCAGUCCUUCGCCCAGCGCUGGACGACGCUUCACACUGAGUUUCUCUGGUAUAACGCCGACCUUACUCCACAGCCCCCUUAUGGCCACAAUAAGGCUAAGAUGCACAUCUUCUCAAACUGGGGAGUGGUGACUUACGGGGCAGGUUUAUCUGUUGCUCAGGGCAACACCUUUGUCUCAUUUAAAUCUGGUAAGCUGGGCGGUCGGGCGGUGUUUGACAUUGUCCACGCCAAGCCUUAUUCAUGGGUCGAUGGCUGGAACAGCUUUAACCCCGGUCAUGAGCACCCAGACCAAAACUCGUUUACUUUCGCCCCUAACGGACAAGUAUUCGUUUCUGAGGCAUUAUAUGGCCCCAAAUACAGCUUCUUAAACAACGUGUUAGUGUUCAGCCCUUCUCCAACGAGCCAGUGUAAUGUCCCUUGGGAAGGACAGCUCGGGGAAUGUGCCAAGUGGCUCCGCUGGACCGACACAGGGGUCGGAGACUCGGCGGGAGAGUUGAUCGCUGCUUCUGCCCAUGGAGACACUAUGUUUGUGAGCGGAGAAGCGGCUGCGGCGUAUUCCUCAGCCAUGAGACUGAAGAGCGUGUACCGAGCCCUGGUUCUCCUCAACUCGCAGACUCUUGUGGUAGUUGACCACAUCGAGAAAAGAGACGACUCACCCGUGAACGUCGUCAGCGCGUUCUUUCACAAUCUUGAUAUCGACUUUAAAUACGUGCCCCAUAGUUUCACAGACAGGUACAAUGGGGCACUGAUGGACGUCUGGGAUGCUCAUUACAAAAUGUUCUGGUUCGAUAGUCAGGGACGCAGCCCCGAUACACAAAUACAGGAGGCUGAGCAGGAAGCCGAGUUUAAAAAGAGGUGGACGCAGUUUAUCAACGUCACCUUUCCUUUCACAGACUCAGUGGGUAGGAUGGUGUAUGUGAUGCACGGGCCUUACGUUAAAGUUUCCAACUGCAGGUUCAUUGAAAGCAGUAAGAAUGGGCUCAAACUUUCUCUUGUCAUCAACAAUACUGAGAAAAUACUAUCUAUAGUAACCAAUCACAGAGACAUUGGGGCGCGUUCCAGCUAUCUGGGCUUUGGGGGUUACGCAAAGGUGGAAGACAGACAUCAGAUUAUCCAUUUUGGCUUGGGGACCCAGAUUGUCCCCAAACAGACAAAACUGCACAAUCAUCUCUUUGAUUUUGGAGUUACAGUGAAUGUCGUAGCCGGAGUAAUACUGUGUGUUGCCAUUGUUUUCUUGACCCUACAGCGAAAGUUUUACGUUUGCUUUAGCAGACUGAUGCGUUAUGCUUUGCUUUCGGUGUUAAUGCUGUGGAUAACCGAGCUCCUGUUUGUCUCGAACAGCUGCGAUCAGCUCCUCUGUAAGGUGAAGUGGCGCGGAGCCACCACAGACCCUGAGCUUAGUAAACAAAUGACGCUUUAUGACCAGUAUCAGCUCCCUCUGCCCACGGUAGUGAUAACCACGCUACCUGGCUCUGGAUCUGACAUCCUUAAGCACCUUUUCUACAACAACACAGACUUUGUCUACCUGCGCAUCCCUACGGAACACUUGGAUAUCCCCGAAACAGAGUUCGAAUUUGACUCUUUAGUGGAUGCUUGCGAAUGGACGCGGUCGGAAGCCCAGUGCGGGCGUUUUAAAAUGAUUCAGGGCUGGCUACAUUCACUGGUUCACAACACCCACUUAUUCCUGCAAAACAUCCCACUCCAUGACACCAGCCACCUGAAACUGGCCCAAAGAGUUAGUCUUUCCCAGGACAAGAGGAAGAGACUGAGGAGGAGAGAGUCAAAGGCUGAAAUGAAAGGCCGGUUGCGAGUCGACAGGGACGUCGAGUACGUCAGAGAGCUGAGGAGACACACGGUGGACUAUCCUAACGCCCGUGUGGUUCUCAAUCUCUGCAGUGGCAGCUGGGCUCUUAAGCUGCCCUUUCUCCAAGAAGUUAUCGGCCCUUCUCUGAGAGCCAUCUAUGUUGUCAGGGACCCUCGUGCAUGGAUUUAUCUGAUGCUGUAUAAUAGCAAACCUAGCCUUUACUCACUCAAGAACAUUCCACAGCAUCUAGCUCUUAUUUUCAAGCAGGAUAUGGUGAGCGACAGGUGUCCGACCGCAUUUGCCACCGAGUUUAGGAAGCUGUGGCAGCUCAUAUCCCAUUCAGAGACCAAUCCUGUGCUGUUGCUCGCCCACCUGUGGCUCGCUCACACCGCUGCUGUUCUCAGAGUCGCAUCUACCUUAUCUGAAGAGUCCUAUCUUCAAGUCAGGUUUGAGGAUGUGGUGAACUAUCCUCAAGAGACGGCCGAGAAGAUACACUCCUUCCUUGGAAUCCCCGUAUCACCGUCGGCCCUGAAUCAGCUCACGUUCACCACCUCGACAAACUUGUAUAACCUGAUGUAUGAAGGGGACAUAUCACCAGCCAACAUCGACAAAUGGAGGAGAAACAUGCCAAGGAGAGACAUCAGACUCAUAGAGUACACAUGUGGAUUACUGAUGAGGCAACUCGGGUAUCACAGGUUCACUGAUUAAAUAGCUGCAGGCCAGCUGUUGUCAUUCAUCUCUUGUAUCUGAUUGUUUGAUAUUUGUGUUGUACUUUUGCACAAAUUUGAGUUGCAAUCAAAGUAAAGUGAAAAUGAAAGAACUAGGCACAAGAAAUGAACUUCAGUCUGUGAUUCUGCACCAUGUCCAAUCAUCAUGUCUAAUCUAAUAUGCAGUAUGUGUGUGUGUGUACUUGUUUUUGCUACAUUGUGGGGACCAAAUGUCCCCACAAGGAUAGUAAAACCUGAAAUUUUUGACAUUGUGGGGACCAGCCGUCCUGCAAUGUGUGUGUUGAAGAGAGUGAAUUCAGCAAAGCAAGGACGCAUUCAAUUGAUUAAAAGUAACAGCAAACACUUACAUUGUUCCAAAAAAAAUUCUAUUUCAAAUAAAUGCUGUUCAUUUUCCACAAUUUAUUAAAAUGUGAAUACAGUUUUCAGUCUAUUCAAGAACAGAUCUCAAAUCGGCAUAGUAUAAUGACUGGUAACACUUUACAGUAAGGUUCAUUAGUUAACAGUACUUAUCUACUUUAGUUAAGAUGAACUAAGAAUGAACAGUACUUCUAGUAUUGUUCUACUUUCAGCAUUUAUUACUCUUAGUUCAUGUUAAUGUCAGAAUUUACUAAUGCAUUAUUAAAAUCAGUUGUGCUAGUUAACAUUAGUUAGUGCACUGUGAAUUAACAUAAGUUAACAAUGAACAACUGUAUAUUCAUUAACAUAAACAAAGAUUAGGGUUAGGGUUAGGGUUAUUAACAUGACCAUUGUUUGUUCAUGUUAGUUAAUAUAUUAAUUAACAUUAACUAAUGGUACCUUAUUGUAAAGUGUCACCAACUGAUUUCUGAAGGAUGAAGACAAAUGACUGCUAAAAAUUCACGGGAAUAAAAUAUAUUUUAAAUACAUUAAUAUAAAAAACAUGUUUUUCAAUAUUAAUAUGGCAUUUUUACUGUAUUUUUGAUCAAAUAAAUGCAGCCUUGUUGAGCAGAAGAGACUUCUUGGAAAAACAUUGCACCAAUCCACACUUUUAUGUAAAGAUAUUUACAUUAGUCUCCUUUAUAUUAGACACUGUGUUUGCAGUGAUUUAGUCACAGUUAUCUACAUACUGUGUUGUUCCGCCUUUAAUUAUCAGGGAGGGAAAAAGUUAACGUUUGGCUUCCAUAUAGUUACAUGUAAGUCCAGUGGCUGAAGAACUUCACCAUUACAUUAAAAAUCCACUGUCCGGAUUAGCCCUUUUUAGGCAUAAUUAGAUAUUCAAUGAUUGAUGAGAUUACUGUCCUAAAAUGACAGAAUGAAUUAAGAUGAAUGUUUAAUUUUUUUUUUUUUGGACAUUUUCCAGUUAGGUUUUGUAGGCAGAAAUAAUGUUUGACACUGUCGACAGAAUGUCAUUUUACAUAUUUCCACAAGUAAUUUGACAGUAACAAAGUGUAGAAUGUUUUAGUUUUAUUUUUUGCAUGCAAAAAAUACAAAGACACUGUAACAAUUCCCUUUAGCCAUGUACACUCACACAAACCACUGGUUGUAUUUUUGCUGUCAUUUUGCGUUCUGUGUCUGCAGUCCUGCUCUUUUUCGCAUCCAGAGGUGCGUUUCCCCAAAGGAGUACCAACAUAGUUCAGUAAUUCAGUUAUUCCUGAAAUCGUAGUUACAACGAACAAUUGCAAACAGCAUCGCAAACCUAUGUGGUUGGAACUACAGCUCUCCACCUGACAAUCUAUAUCUUUUAUUCGAUACAUAUACAAAAUUUCAAUCUACAUCUUUUAGUUUGUUUACAGAAUUAAAGUGCCAUUUCAGAGUGUGCGUGUGCAGAUGUGUUAUACAGUAAUACCGAAGGGGAACCCUGGAGUGACAAGGAAACCCUCAAAAUAAAGCAAAAUAAUAGAUAUAACGAAACAGGCUCCAUAUGUUCAUUAUUUACAGCAAUAAUCUGACAUUAAUUUGGAACUGAUUUCACCUGCUUGACAUCAUUAACAACAAUUCAAUUUAAGCAACAGAUGUGUGACGAAGUUCCUACGUGUUUGGAGAACAGUCUUAAGUCUUGACUAGUUCUUUCUGGUACUGUGGUAGUUAAGCAGUGAGUUACGCCGCUGUUGGGGAAACGCACUCCUGAUGGUCUGAUUCUUCAGUCUGACUGGUUUUAUGUUUUCAUGUCUCAGUGGCCUUGAUCUCUGACUCUUGAAGCUUUAUUAAGGUUUGAUUUCUCAACAUUAAAUAAAGUCGAUGUAUGAUUUUGAACCUGUGAUCAGAUGCAGCAAAUGCAGUCUACUACAUGUGUUAUAAAACACCACUUGACGUCACACUCUAUGGCAAGACUUUUUUUUUUCUUAAAACAUACAAAAAUUACUAGUACUUGUUUCAAUAGUGGCUAGUCUCUAUUCAGUAGUCACUAGUACUUAACCAUUCUAUAUAUUUUAAUAUGUAAAUUAGGCAUGUGACAGUAUCAAAUUUUCUUGUUGCAAUAAUCGCUGAACCUUUUGUCACAGUAUACGGUAUUAUCACAGUACUGAAAUUUAGUUGCAAAAACUGUUGUCAGAAAACAGUAUAACAGGUUUAAUAACUUUUUUUUCUUAUAACAAAAAGAACUGAACAUUUAAAUGCAAUAAAGCAAUGCACAAAAAUAUAUAAAGUAAACAAAUAUGUUUCAAACAGAUAAAAGUGCAAAAGAAUUAUAAAGAACAAUAUGUUAAGAUUAAUUAAUGUUUAGAAGGUUUUCUCAUUGGCAGUUUAUGUUAACCAAUGAAUUAACCAAUAUUAACUAAUGUAGCCUUAAUGUAAAGUGUGAUGAACAAUAAAGAAUCAAAACAUUUUCAAACAAUAUCUACACUCUACACUCUACACACCGAUGGGUAAAAAACCAACCUAGUGCUGGGUAAAACAUGGACAGGGUUGUUCUGACCCAGCAGCUGGAUUAAAUGUUAAACAUAACUUUCUGAAUAUUAACCCAACAGCUGGGUCAAAACCCAAUCACUGGGUAUGUUCAUAUUUUACCUAGCGCUGGGUUUUAUUUAACCCAGCAGCUUUUAGAGUGCAGGACAUAUUGUAGUCCUGAUUAAAAUGUAAUAAAGUUUGAAAAUAAAUAUUUUCUAAAAAGUCUAAGUAUUUGGUGCUAUGAUGAACACUGUAGUGAAUACAAAAAUCUGAAUGUUUAAUCAUUUAAAUCCUGUUCAGAAACAGAAAGCAGUGCAGCUGUUUUGUUUACAUGGUUACCGGGGUAACGGCUGCAUUUCUGCUGUUCCAUCAGUGCCAUCUGCUGUCAGAGAGUGAAUGUGCACUUUCAUUCAAUGUGUCUCCUUCACUUGUUUCGCCAUGCGCUUCUCAUCCAUAUUGGGCUUGUUUACAUCAGAGUGGGCGUUUGUCUUUCAGCAGCAUACAGCGGUGUUGUGCAUUUUAACCAGCUGAUAGGGAAAGUAUUCUUACAAUGCAUACAAAAAUCUCUAAUAAAGAAUUAUUUGCUGUAUUGUUUAAGUGCCUACGGUAACAAUAUCGUGCAUGCCAAAAAAAAAAUAUUUUUGGUUUGAUUUCCAUGUCUAUUGAAUUGAAGUGAUGCGUUUUAAAGCCAUAUUAGUUGAAUCUUAUGAUAUAGGGUUUUCUGAGCGCACACAUCCAAAGCACACGUACAGAAACCAGAUGUCACAUGUCAUGUGAAUACUAAACCUUUCUCUUUUAUUGUGCUUAAACUGUCAGAUACACACAAGUUUAUGCUGAAAACACACAGAAGAUACUAAAACAGUUGGUUAUGUCUGUAAAGUUAAACAGCUAGAAAAGAAAUCACAUGUAGAUCUGUGUAUUAAGUGACAGCAGCGAAACAUAGUACCUAUACUGCAGUCUCCGCUGAUAAUGUGACCCAAACAAUAAAAUAAAUCAGAAAAUCGGCUCACUCAGGGCGGUGUCUCUGCUAACACCACAGUGUCCAUCAACAUGAGUCAUGAGUGCGGCUGUAAAAUGUCACAUUUUGUUGGUUUGUUCUGAGACACUGCUUAUGAUUUAUGGGGAUUUAAAAGAAAGGAGUGGGUGUUUUUUUUAUCAUUAUAGUGUGGGUGUGAUUAAACAACAGGAAUUUUGCAUAAUAGGUGCCCUUUAAAGGAGAUGACUUGAUGGAGAUGUGUAGUGUUCUCAGUCUGAAACCUCAGCCUGAUCUCUGAAGUGUUUGCAAGUCUUCUCCUGAUCUUAUAAAGAUAGUAACACUCAAAACAUUUGACUGUUGCAGUGUCAAAUUCAGACACAUAAGACCCAAUGAGAUUUCACAUUCAGACCUGUGUAAUUAAAUGAACAGACCUAGAACAGUUUCUGAUGACUGCUAAUAUAACACACAAAUCAACUGGAUUUUGUUUAGAAUCAGUUUAUGCUUUGUUUAUGUUUUUUUUUUUUCAACAUACAUAAAUGUAAUAGCAUUUAAUUUAGCAUUAAGGUAUGGAAAAGUACAUCGUUCCAAGUUACAACCACACUUUACAUAAGAAUAUGAUGAUGUGACAAACCCAUAUUUUUCAUGCCAAUAAAAUGCGGCAGACACUGGAAUGAGAAAAUCUCACAUUCAGGGUCUGAAUAUGCUGUUAAAACUGAAAACUAGAAACCUGGAUGGAAGAACAAAAUGAAUAACAAAUACUCCAUUAACAAAAUUCUGUCGUUUAAUGCUAGGAGAGCUAACAGAAGAAUCCUGACAGAUUUACACAUCACAGAUUCAGCAGCUCUGAUGUCUGUCGCUGCUGGAUCUCUGUGUUUGUUUCCUCAUGUGUGUUUCUCAUGUCACGUGAUCAGAGCGAUCAACGUCUCCUAGGAAAUGCUUGUUUGUGUAAUUCCCUUGCGAUUACUCAAGUUAGUUGAGUAUCUGCUCUCCCCUGUGUGUCUCAUAUAGUCGCCGGGUUGCUCUCAUUUGUUCUUCAUUGCGGUGCUGCUCUUCUGCUCUCUCUCAGCUCUACAGGAGUUUAUCAGUCUCUGAACUGCCUUCUGCGUCCUCAAGACUCCUCCCAUCAUUUAUUGCUCUGUGGAUUUAUUCUCUGGGUAGUUUUCUCUCUCUCUCUUUGAGUUUCAAUAAA